AUGAUUUACGUCUUGAUACCUUACGUGUUGGAGCGAGCGACCGCGGCGGAGAAGCACCUGACGCGCUCGGGCGCGUUCAGCUCGCUCGUGUUCAAAGAGUUUUGGUUCUUCCUCGUCAACUUGCUGCUGCUUCUCGCGCUCGGGAAAGCCGCGCUGAGCGCGACGGCGCAGCAAGUGCGGGAGUGUCGGUGGCGGCAGAGCCCGGACGCGUGCGAGUUUAAGUUUUUCAAACUCCUGGGCGACGCGUUCGUCGCCACGAGCGCGAUGAGCGUGUUCGCGUUUCUGUGCUCGUGCUGCACGAUCGGUCCGGCGUGGGAGCUCCUGGCGCUGUUCUCGUGGAUCGGGAGCAGGGUGAAGGAGAAAGCCGCGGAGGCGGCGGCGGGAGGCGGCGGCGGCGGCGGCGGCGGCGGCGCGACUGGCUCCGCCGGCGACCUCCUCUCGCUGCUCCCGUCCGCCGGCGCCGCCCUCGUCGAGGACGCGCACGACGACGAGCACUUCGACAACCCCGCGUUCGCGUCCCCGGCGCCGGACGCGAUCACGGCGGGGGGGACACGUGGAGACCGGGGAUUGGACGACGUUCGCCUGACGCCCGCGCCGCUCGCGCGUCGGGCCGCGACCAAAAAAGUCCGCCCCGCGUUCGACCUCCCCGGCCAGCACGCGUUCAACGUCACCGUCCUCGCGUGCUCGCUGUCGUACGCCGCGCUCGCGCCCGUGCUCCUCGUCCCCGGGACGCUGUUCUUCGCCGCGCGGUACCUCGUGCACAAGCACAACUUGUUGUGUUUGCAUUUGGACGCCGUCGCCGGCGCGGGGGACAGCGGGCUCUUCGGCGAUCACGGGGAAGACGGAACGUCAACCGUCGCGCCGGCGACGGCGCGCCGGAAGAUGACUUCGGACGGGCGCCUGCUCGGGACGGUCGUGCACCUGAUCCGCGUGUCCGUGUUCGUGCACGCCGCGGUGAUGGUCGCGUUUAUGAACCUGCGGGGGGAUCCGACGCAGCGCGCGUGCUCGGAUGUGAUUUUUUUGCUCGCCGUCGUGCGCCCGCGGGUCGAGGCCGCGACGGGGCGCGCGAUGCGGCGGCGGCGCCGCGCCGGCGGCGGGAGCGGCGCGGACGUGCACGUGGACGCGGCGGAGGCGCUGCUCGGGGCGGGCGCGCGGAGCGCGGCCGACGAGGACGCGGAGGACGGCGGCGCGCACUGGGCGCGAGACGACGACGACGACGACGACGACGACGUCUCCGCGGCGACGCUGAUCGACUCGCGGAGGUACGCCGGCCCCGCGGAGGACGGCGGCGACGCGCUGAGCUCGUUUCGAGCGGAGAGCGGGUGGGCGGGGCCGGGGAGCGCGAGCGGGGAGUCGGUGCAGUCGCCGACGGGGGCGAGCCCGAGCCCCCGCGGCGGCGGCGGCGGCGGCGGCGGCGGCGGCGGGGGGGGCUUUCGAGGCGGCGGGUGGACCCCAGACGACGACGGACUCGCGGAGCCGCUGCUGCUCGAGGACGACGAACAGGAGGACGCGAACGAGGCGAACUAAACUACCUAGACUAGAGCUACUGCGUUACAUGACGAGAACGUGCGAAAG